AUGGCUGCAUUAUCACUUUUCAAUGAAAUGUGGCAACCACUUCAGAGCAAUAUUUUCCUGCUUCCUCUUCUCUUGCUUUCUGCAUACAUUUUAUUAUCACUUACAAGAUCAUCUUCAAGUGGGAAAAACUACAAACUGCCACCUUCCCCACCAACACUGCCUCUGAUUGGGAACCUUCACCAGCUAGAAAAAUUCCCACACCGCUCUCUUCGUGAUCUGUCGAAGAAGUAUGCAAGGGUGGAAGAAUGUGCAGAGCUGGCCCACCCACCACCACAAUUCCUGCCACUAGAGGUAAGCCCUCCCUUCUCUUUCCCACCCUUUGAUUCACUGGCACCACUUCCCUUGCCUGGAAAUGUCCCUCUUUCUCCUAACUGUGCAAAUCCACCAUUUUCCCAAAACCCACCUCAACCAAAUACUCCUUCAUCUUCCUCCUCCCCUUCAUCAUCUGCACCCACUUGCUCACCCAUCCCAAAACCACCACCUGCAAAUGAGCCCACCCCUCACCCACCUGGCCCACCCACCACAAUUCCAAGCCCACCCAAAAAUCCUCCAUCCCCACCCAAGCCUGUCCCAGGCCCACCAGCCUUGGCCCCACCUGUAGCUUACCCUCCACCAUCAGGACCCACAAGCCCUCCACAGCAAAAGCCACCACAGUCUGGGGCGGUGUGGUGUGUGGCCAAGCCCGCAGUGCCUGGCCCAAUAGUCCAAGAGGCCCUGGACUACGCGUGUGGGUCUGGUGCAGACUGCAAGUCAAUCCAGCCCAAUGGGUCCUGCUAUAAGCCAGACACAUUGUUGUCCCAUGCUUCGUACGCCUUCAACAGCUACUGGCAGAGCACCAGGGCUGCUGGUGGCACUUGUGAUUUUGGAGGGACUGCCAUGAUUGUUACAGUUGAUCCAAGUUUUGAUGGAUGCCAUUUCUUCUACAAUGGAUGA